AUGCAGACUGCUUCUACAAACAUUUGUGAAAGACUGUGCAAUAAGUCCAUCCGUGACAUUUCCUUGCUACUAAAUAUUCCACGGUCAACUGUCAGUAGCAUUAUAACAAAGUGGAAGCAACUGGGAACAACAGCAACUCAGUCACGAAGUGGUAGAUCAUGUAAAAUGACAGAGCGGGGUCAGCGCAUGCUGAAGCACACAGUCUGCAGAAGUCACCAACUGUCUGCAGAGUCAAUAGCUAAAGACCUCCAAACUUUGUGUGGCUUUCAGAUUAGCACAACAGCAGUGUGUAGAGAGCUUCAUGGAAUGGGUUUCCAUGGCCAAGCAACUGCAUCCAAGCCUUACAUCACCAAGUGCAUUGAAAAGCGUCGGAUGCCAUGGUAUAAAGCACGCCGCCACUGGACUCUA